AUGGCAACACCACCAACAGACCUCGUGGCGCUGGCGGCGUCCUGCCUGGACGCGGCCAAAACCAUCACGGCCUUUUUGGAGGCUAAUGGCAGUGGCCAACUCGCUUUUGAUCCGCAGGCUCUUCCCCGGUUUCCUCCCUGUGACGAAGAAACAGAGCGUGCGAGAAGCACCCUUCGAAAUGCCGCGCGCACCAUGUACGAUCUGGUCACCGGCCCCGAGGAAGGUCUGAUGGAGUCGUCGUUGACAUCGCUUCAUUACAUCAACUCCAUGAGAUAUAUCUGCCACUUUCGAAUCGCGGAUUUCGUUCCGGACACGGGAGACAUCGACUAUCAGUCGUUGGCCAAGGCCGCGGGAGUCGAUGCUGUUCAGUUGAAACAGAACCUGCGCUUCGCCAUCACGAAUCGAAUUUUUUGCGAGCCCACUCCAGACCAUGUGGCUCAUACCACCGCAUCCAUUUUAUUGAAGGGAGACAGUCCAAUGGGACCCUCUGUGCAAUGGCUCACUGAAGACUGUGCGCCCAUGGUCGCCCAUCAGAUCGAUGCGAUCGAGAAAUGGGGGCACGGGUCGCAGGAGUUCAAUCAAACCGCCGUCAACUAUGCAUAUGGCUGCGAUGGUCCAUUCUGGGAAUUUAUCGGGAGUGAUCCCGUUCGGGAGCGACGCUUUGGAAUGACGAUCAAACGCGUCGCUCACCAGCCGGCAUCGUCGCUCAAACACAUCGUCGCCGGGUUCGACUGGAAGUCCCUCGGGAAGGCGAGCGUAAUCGAUGUGGGCGGCCAUAUAGGCGACUCAGCCGUGACGAUUGCCGAAGCAGCGCCAGAGCUGCGGCUGAUUGUGCAGGAGAGACCAGAGGUGGUGGCGAUGGCGCAGGAUGCUAAGACUACAGUUGUCCCUGCAGAGCUCCAAGAUCGCAUUUCGUUUGAGGCCCAUGAUUUCUUUCGACCGCAGAGGACUCCAGCAGACGUGUAUUUCUUCCGCAAAACGUUGCUCAACUACACUGACAAAUACGCCACUCGGAUCGUGCAGGCGCUUGCUCCGGCUGCAAAAGCAGGCAAUCGACUCGUGAUCAUGGAUUUCAUCCAACCGGACAGACCUGUGGAGGCGACCGUUCGAGAGCGAUAUUUUCGAGCGGUGGAUCUGCAGAUGAUGCUCUACUACAACUGCAAAUACCGCACCUUGGACGAGUGGAAAGCGUUGGUGUCUGCCAGCGAUCCUGCUUGGGAAUUUGAAAGAGCAGUGACACCGCCGGUGAGUGCUCUGGCGGUGAUCAGCUUUAUUCGAAGGUAG